AUGAUGGCCCAGGUUCCUCUUUGCAACAGAGAGAAAGAGAAUACGAUUGUCGGAAGGUGGAUAAUCAGCGACAAGUUCAGUACUGGCAAGCCUCAAGUGGAACCCCAUACCGCCCUCAAGGCAAUGAUCCCUGGAGCGGAUUCCAUGAAGGCCGAGGUUUGUCUUUACCACCAAGAAGAGGAGAUCCCUGGAUUGUUGGGGAUUGGGGACAAGGUCCCAGUUCAAGCCCCUACGGCCCUCAAGGUGGUGACCCCCACAGCGGAUCCCAUUAUGGUCAAGGUCGAGGCCGAGGCUCCUCUUUACCACCAAGAAGAGGAGAAUAUGAUCCCGGGAUGGUGGAGAUUCACACCAGACAAGGCCAGCACUGGCGAGACUCUGGUGGAAGCCCCUACGGUCCUCAAGGCAAUGGCCCCCAAAGCAGAUACUCACAAGGCCACCACCACAACAACCUUAGUGUUGAUGUUGACACCACGUAUGAUCGACGAUGGCAUCAUGACCAUAAGCAAGCGAAACCACCUCGCAACGGGAGAUAUCUCCAUGGCAGAGGUGGCGGUGUUCUUUUUCAAUUUGGGGUUCUGGGAAGGUCUUGGACUUUUGAAAGAUUUGCCAGACAAGGAGAAAAAUGAAUUCCGUACGGUUGUAUUCUUCAAUGGUUUGACCUUCUACUCCGGACAACCAAUUCCUGGUAUAGAAGACAACUCAAAGUUACCUUACAAAAUGAACCUUGGGGACAGAGGCCAAGGCGACACCAUGGAGAUAAAAACAGUGAGGAAACUGCUGGCACAAGCGGAACUGCAAGUACCAAGGUCUGAACAUAACCCGAAUGAACUUGCUUUUGACAAUCGAAUUGCAAAUGAAACUAGGUGGUUCAAAGAUCACAAGGCCCUUUUUCAACACUGUCGACAGACCAGUAAUAGGCCUGCUUAUAUUCCAAGUGAUGGUGAACUUGCAACAGUCAAAGAGUUUUCUGCCUUUGUCGACAGCGCGCUGAAGAGUGCUCUUAGCACAAAAUUCUUGAGAUGGGGUCAUGAUUUGAUCAAUCCAGACUUUGGACCUAAAAACGAACCUUACCUCAAUGCAACCGGAGAGCCGCUCACAGUUUCUGUCUAUCAAGCCUAUUGGUGCAAAUUUGGCGAUUUGAAGAAAACGGAUGGGAAGGCUGUGCUAACACUUACGAGUGAUCUUAGGGCCAAGGUUAUCCCCAAAGAAAGUGUCCUCGAGUCACUUGUUGGAAGGAGAGAUGCAAAAUCUUGGAAUCCAAGUGAGGAAGAAAUGAAACUAGCGAAAGAGCGAUGGAGAGGUGAAAUUGUGAUUGCCAAGCAUGACAAGAACACCUACACGGUCAUGGACCUUGACUUUGAAAAUAGCGCCGAAAGCUUGGUAAUCAACCACGUUGAAUACUUUAAGCAAAGAAGGAACAUACAACUCAAUCAUCCAAAGUUUAAGCCGAUGGUUACAGCGCUAAAUCAUCGCGGUAAGCUGGUUCAUCUUCCCGCUGAGAGGAUCUGUGGAAAUGAAAUGGAUUCUUGUAUCAAGAGAGAGCUGCCAAAGAUUGCCAGUUUCCCACCUCACAUUAGGAAUAACGCAGUUGAGUUGGUUCAAGAACAACUGGUCCCGGGGAAAAAGGAUAGUAUACUCGCGGGCUUGGGAAUCCAAAUCACUGACCAAAGAUUAUCUUCCAAAGCCACAGUGCUUCCAAUUCCCAUGGUGAUAGCUAAUGGGAUCCCAGUUCCAGGUCAGCUGCAAAAUAUGUACUCAAAAAUUUGUACGGCUGUGAACAAGUUCAACACUCUCUUUUGUUUGAGUGAUGAACCAUUCCACAUGGUGGAAGCGGGGCACAGGGUACCUCACUUUACUGCAGUGGAAGAAUGCCUUGAGGAUGCCUCAAGACUACCAAAAAGAGAGAACCUAUUUGUUCUUGAUUUUUGCAGACCAGGGGGCUCCACCGACCCUGCAUAUUCAGCCAUUAAGUGGAUGCUUAUCCGCAAUGGCUACCUUUCUCAAUUCGUCAACUUAUGUGCGCAUCAUCUCACUCGUGACAAAAACAUUUUGAAAUUAAGCGGAGAAAUCAUAAAUGGAGUAGGAAGACAGAUCCUGAAUAAGGCUGGUGCUAUGCUAUGGCGGGUCCAAGUCCCACUCGGAUUGCCAACUCCGUCAGUCUUUGUCGGUGUUGACAUGUUUCAUGCACCAAAAGAGUAUGAUCCUGAGCUGAAAAGGCGAGCCUGCAAAUGGUCUUGUGCUGCGAUCAUUGUCCAAGUCAUCAAAGAUCAGUCAAAUCAGCGUGCACCAAGCUUCAAGCUGUACUCUGAGACUGUAGUCCGUAAAGCUGGAAUGGAAUAUGGUCUCCGGGACUGUUUGAAGGGAGCAGUGAAAACUGCAUUGACAGAACUAAGUGUUAAUCCCAUGUCGUGUGUCAUGUGGCAAGAUGGAAUUGGAGAUUCAGCAUUUGAAUCCGAAGCUUCGGAAGAAAUUGAACGAGUGGAGGAAGCUUUGAAAGACAUGUCUCUGAACAAAUGA